UGACGCAUGGGGCAGGACAUCCGAAUGGAGGAAAGACAUCAGAUAAAACAGAUACAGUGCGUCCUGUUCCAGUGCUACUAAGUGUAUGAUGUCUCUCUUUCUACAGCCACUCGGGGAAGUGAGUGAAAAUGGAGUCAUCUACUCUCUCUCCCUGAGAAAGGUUCACUGCGAUGUAGACGAAACACAGGACAACCGUCGCCUCUGGACCUCGCAACUUGAAAGAAGCAUCCAGUACGGACCAGCCGAUGCUUUGGUUGAUCAUCUUGUACCAGAAGAUGGAAACGUGGACCACUCUUAUAGAAUGUGUUUCCUCGCCGUUUAUAGAACUUUUAUGACCCCUACCCAGUUACUGCAAUGUUUAUUAGACAGACUGACAUCAGCAACAGCAGUUAAGGAAGAAGUCUGUCAAGAUCAACCAAACGCAAUAAAGUCCAUAGUAUCUUUCAUUCGUGUCUGGUUGGAUAAAUACGUCAUAGACUUUCACGAAUCAAACCUCUUCAACGACUUGCAGUCUUUUUUAGAAAAAAAACAAGACUUGACAUCACAAUUACCCGAAUUAUUAGAUUUGCAGAGAUUAGUAUUAAGCCACUACAGGAAAACACCCACUUCACCUAGAGGAGUAGUAACACCAGCCAUUACUGAGCCUGGAAUGUGCUGUCAUCCGAGAUGCAACGGAACAGCGAAGGAGUACAACUGGUUUAGCGAGCCAGCACAACAAGUAGCUCAAGAUUUAACUGCAUUAGAUGCUGAGAUAUUCAGGGGCAUCAUUCCACACCAGUGCUUGGAAUAUGUACGUAAAAACAAUACCAAAUCCAGCAGCGUGUACAAAGCCAUUGACACAUUUAAUAAAGUGGUAUCUCAUGUAUUAUCAACUACACUACAAGCAAGAAAUAGUAAAGGCCUCAGGUCUCCUUCCUCACGCGGUAAAUGCAUCUCCCACUGGAUCGACAUAGCUCAAAGCUGUCGCAUGUUAAAAAACUUUUCGUCGAUGAAAGCGAUCAUGUCCGGACUUCAGAGCUCGAGUUUGUUUAGAUUAAAGAGGUCAUGGGCUGGACUGAGCAGCGACAGAAGGUCAGUCUUCAAGGAAUUAGAUGAGCUAAUAUCAAGUGAAUCGAAUUUCCAAACUUUCAGAGAUGUUUUAGAUAAAGAAGCAACUGGAAAGGGUACACACAGAAGACAAACUUAUGAAGCUGUACAUGGAGUGGUCCCAUAUUUGGGUACUUUGUUAACUGAUUUAACAAUGUUACACACUGCUCUUCCUGAUGUCAACAAAGAUGGCUUAAUCAACUUUGAAAAAAGAAGAAAAGAGUUUGAAAUCAUAGCUAAACUAACCCUUUUCCAGGCCAGUGCCAGCAAGUACCUUCUCCCAUUAAACCUCUCACUGGUUCACUGGCUAUACACAAGCCCCACACUCUCUGAAAGCGAAAGUUUUAUGCUGUCGAAAGAGCUUGAGGUUUGUUCCACUACUUCUCCUUCUCCAAAGUCUUCCCCUAGCUCGACUCCACUCCAUCAAACCCUAUUAGUAAAGAAAUCACUACAUUUAUUAACAAUAGCAGUCGGAGACAUCCCCAGACUAUCAAAGAACGACGACGAUGAUGAUGAUAGUAGUAGUGGUGAUUUAAAACCACUAUCAAUAUCCCAGAGGAGCAACAGUUGCCACGAGAUACACAGCACGAUCAUUGUAAAGAUAACCAUAGUAACAUCACUCACUUGCUGCAAUUAUAAAAGUAUUUUAAUAGAGAAGACAGAACAUACUGAUAGUGUAAUCAGGAGGGCACUAGAAAAGUAUGACAUUGUCCAGCAGCAUACUGAUAAUAUAAAGGCAUUCAGUUUGUAUCAGAUACACGAUAAGAAAGAGUUACUGAUACCAGAAGAUGCUGUUGUCUAUUAUGCUUUGGUGAUUAUUCCCAGGGAAGCACCAGUACUCUUAGUAAAACAAAAGGACUGACAUUAUUUAUAUAUAUAUAUUAUAGUCUAUGUGUAGAUAUUAUUAUUAUUAUUAUUAUUAUCACCACCAUAAUGAAAAUGUAAUUAUUUUUGUAUAUCAAUAUUUUUAUUUCAAUAUAAUAUCAUUAUUAUUAUUAUACACAAUGGGAUAUCAUUGAAUAGUGUA